GAUGCUGAUUGGUCUGUCUGCAGCAGGCGAGUGCUCUGCUCGACUCGUCACUGUCUUUCAAAGAUAAAUGCACUGCUUAAGUGUCAUUCACAUAUUUUAGAAAAGUCGCGAUUCUUAGUUGUCUCUCCGUUAGUUUAGUGUGUUUUGUGAGUCAUUGCAGUCACUUGUGUGCGGCUCAUGAAUGACGAGCUCAGUGGGGAUUAGAGGAACCGAAUUAUAGCUUGCCUAAAUCUUCGUCGAUUAUCUGUAUUAGCAACAUAAGGAAUCUACACAGCUCUACAAAAACAAACAAACAGAGAAUGUUACUACAGUAUCUUUUCUUAAUAUUUUUGGAUGGUGUGUUUGGUGCAGAAACAGAUGAGAUCGUGUCAGUGAUGGAGGGAGAUUCUGUUACUCUGCACACAAAUCUCACUGAAGUACUGAACGAUGAUACUAUACUGUGGCUGUUUGGACCUAAAGACUCCAUCAUAUCUCAAAUAACAAGAAAGAGUGAUCUGACUUCAUUUUAUGUUACCGAAGAUGAGCGAUUCAGAGGCCGAUUGCAGGUGGAUCAACAGACUGGAACUCUCACCAUCAGAAAGACCAGAAUCAAACACGCAGGCCAAUAUAAACUCUCCAUCUCUAGAAGACAGACUACGAUCAAGAUAUUUAAUGUUGCUGUCAUUGAUGUAGUUGGUGAGACGGAUGGAGUGAAGUCGGUGUCAGUGAUGGAGGGAGAUUCUGUCACUCUACAGUAUGAUGUUUCUGAAGUACAGAGAGAUGAUCUGAUUGUGUGGAGGUUUGGAGAUAAAGGCCUCCUCCUGGCUAAGAUUGAUGUGGAAUCAAACAACAUCUCAUUAAAUGAUGCUGAUGAGAGAUUCAGAGACCGACUGAAGCUCAGUGAAUCUAGAUCCCUAACUAUCAAGAACACCAGAACCACAGACUCUGGACUUUAUGAAGUACAGAUCAGAGGCAGCGAGAGCUCGCAGCGAUUCCUUCUUUCUGUCAGUGCUAUUCCAGAUUCAACUCAGUCUACAGGUUUUACAACAGGGAUUGUUUUAGCUAUUCUACUUGCGGCUGCAGUUGUAGCUGCUGUUGUGAUUCACUAUCGGCGCAAGAUAUCUGAUCUAGAAAAACAAAUGGAACCAAUUGAAGUGUCAGAUGGAGAUUUUGUCACUCUGGAGACUAAAACUGUCCUAAAUAAAGAUGAUAAGGUACAGUGGUAUUAUCACGAUGAAAACGAUCUCAUUGCUGAAAUCAGUCAAGAGACCAAAAGGACAUUUGAUGGUUUUGAUGAAAGAUUCAGAAGCAAACUGGUGCUGAAUGAUAAUACGGGAAAUCUCACCAUCAAUAACACCAUGACCAUUCACUCUGGACUCUAUAUAUUAAAAAUAAGCAGCAAAACCAGAAAAAUCAACAGGAGAUUCACUGUUACUGUCAAAAUGAGGAAAGUGUUAGUGGAGAAGGGAGGUUCUGUCUCUCUAAAGACUGGAACUAAAAUACAGGGAGCUGAUGAGAUACUGUGGACGUUUGGAGCUGAAAACUGUCUUGUUGUUAAAGCUGAUCCAGAAAUAACUAUUGGUAAGAGAUUCACAGACCGACUGGAGCUGGACAAGACGUCUGGAUCUUUGAUUAUCAGAAACAUAGAAACUGCAGACUCUGGACAUUUCAAACUACAGAUCAUCAACAGUGAAAAGACCACAUUCAGGAGAUAUAAUGUCUCUGUCACUGAAUCCACAGGAAAACAAGUGAAUGAAUCAGCAGCUGUAGAUAUGCCACUGUUGUGACCAUGAGGAUGCGGAUGGGUGAUAAGUUCUGCCCACCAAUAUUAAUCACUGUGACAUCAUCAGCAUUUGCGCUCAAAAACAUUUUUCUGAUUUUAGAAAAGGAAAAAUGAACCCGUGUGUUGUUGAGCCUAUAAACUUUUUUUAGAUGACAGGAAAUGUGUAUGAAACUCUUUCAUAACCAACUAAACAACUGGAUACACAUCCCACUUAGUUUCUUCGAGGGGACAUAAUGCAAACUAUUUCAGCCAAUCUCAUGUUAAUCUUGAGUACCUAUAUAGGAGUGUAGCAUAUUUUAUAUCUCUUUCAAAGUCUUUAUUUUUAUCAGAUAAAAAAAAAGAGCUAAAGAGUCACAAGCACAUUCAUGUUUUUUAAAUACUCACAUGCUGAUUGCCAACAAAACAAAGAAAUUUGAUGCAGUUUUACGUACUGCCUGAGGUUCCGACUCAUGACUGGGAUAAUUUAUCGGUGGGACCGCUCCAUCUUUCAGUGUCAAAUGAUUUGCAAUUUCUGGGCCAUGUUUAUGAAACAUUCGUCACUGAAAUGACGAGAAAAAAUUUAAUUAUUCAAAUCUUCACUAGGGUUGUGAAUCUUUGGGUAGACAGCAGAUCAAUUCAAUUCAUGAAUCAUAGGUUUCCAAUUCGACUCAAGAAAAAGCUGAGCUGUGUUCAAUCAGCUUUCUAUGUUCCUUGUACAGAACAACCUCCUGGACAGCAACCAAUCUGGCUUCAAAAGUGGCCACUCAACUGAGACUGCCCUGCUCUCAGUUACUGAAGCCCUGCGACUAGCAAGAGCAGCUUCAAAAUCCUCAGUACUCAUCUUACUGGACCUGUUUGCUGCUUUUGACACCGUUAAUCACCAGAUUCUCCUGUCCACCCUCAGAAAGAUGGGCAUCUCUGGAACCGCACUCCUGUGGGUUAAGUCCUACUGUACCUCUUUGACAGAUCCUUCAGUGUGUCUUGGAGGGGUGAUGUUUCUAAGUCACAACAACUUGCUACUGGGGUUCCUCAAGGCUCAGUACUUGGACCACUUCUAUUCUCCAUCUACAUGACGUCAUUAGGAUCUGUCAUUCAGAAGCACGGCUUUUCUUACCACUGCUACGCUGAUGACACCCAACUCUACUUCACAUUUCAACCAGAUGACCCGACGGUAGCUGCUCGCAUUUCAGCCUGUCUGAGUGACAUUUCUAGCUGGAUGAAUGACCAUCACCUGCAGCUCAACUUUACUAAGACAGAACUCCUGGUGAUUCCAGCUAACCCAUUGCUUCAUCACAACUUCUCUAUACAGCUGGGUUCAUCAACCAUUACUCCUUCCAGGACAGCCAGAAACCUAGGAGUUGUGAUGGAUCAUCAGUUAAGCUUCACAGACCACAUUGCUACAACGACCCGGUCCUGCAGGUUUGCCUUAUACAACAUUAGGAAGAUUAGACCCUUCCUGUCAGAGCAAGCCACCCAACUUCUUGUCCAAGCUCUUGUUCUCUCCAGACUGGACUAUUGUAAUGCUCUCCUGACGUGCCUUCCUGCAUGUACUGUCAAGCCUCUGCAAAUGAUCCAGAAUGCAGCAGCGAGGGUUGUCUUCAAUGAGCCAAAAAAAGGUCACGUUACUCCUCUCCUCAUCAGGUUACACUGGCUACCAGUAGCUGCUCGCAUCAAAUUCAAGGUACUGAUGCUUGCCUACAAGACGACCACUGGCACGGCACCAACAUACCUAAACUCACUGGUUAAAUCUUAUGUGCCCUCCAGAAGUUUGCGAGUGAACGACGCCUUGUGGUGCCAUCCCAAAGUUGUUCAAAAUCACUCUCACAGAUCUUUUCCUGGACUGUGCCCAGCUGGUGGAAUGACCUCCCAAUCUCAAUUCGUACAGCUGAGUCUUUACUCAUUUUCCAGAAACAUCUUAAGACUCAUCUUUUUCGACAGCACUUAACCAGCUAAUAUUAAAACUUUUCCUUUUCUUGUCUUUUCAUUUAUAAAAAAAAAAAAAAAAAAAACCUGGCUAUGUGUUCUGUACUACACUAACUGAGAAUUGUCAUGGCACUUGUAUACUGUUGUUGUUCUCUUGUUGACCUGACUGCUUCUAUUGUUCUCAUUUGUAAGUCGCUUUGGAUAAAAGUGUCUGCUAAAUGAUUAAAUGUAAAUGUCAAAUGUAAUA